AUGCGACCUAAGGAGCUCGUCGAGCUGGACGUCGAGGCUGUCCGGGAGCUGGAGCUCGAAGUCGAAGUCGAGGCUGUUUUGGCUGUUGUGCUGGCAGUUGUGGUGGUGCUGUCCGACGUACUGGUUGUCGACCGGGUCGUUGUGGCUGUCGUGGUCAGGGUUGUGGUGGUGAUUGUGCUGGUGGUGCGCGACGUUGUUGUCGUGGUCUGGGACGUACGGGUGGCUGUUGAGGAUGAGGUGGUUGUGGAGGCACUGGAUGUUGAUGUUUCGGUGGUGGAGGUGGCAGUCUUUGUGGUUCCUGUGCUUGUUGUAGAUGUGCUUCUGCUGGUCGUGGAAGUCAAGGAUGUGCCCGUGCUGCUCGUGGAGGUGGCGCUUGUGGAGCUCGUGGCUGUGAUGGAGACUGAGGUCGUCGAGGUGAAUGUGGCGGAGGUGCUCGUGGAAGUGUGGCUGGUGGAUGUCGAAGUUGUUGUCGCGCUGGUAGUUGCUGUGCUCGAUGUAGAUAUCGACGUGGAUGUUGUAGAAGUUGCGGUGCGGCUGGAUGUCAGGGUGGACGUGCCCGAAGUCGUCGUCAAGGUCAAAGUUGUGGUGCUUGUCCGGCUGACUGUGCUUGUCGUAGUUGUGCCAGUCACUGUGACGGAUGUAGAUGAGGUCGACGUUGUCGCGGUCAUUGUUGUGAUGGUGGAUGUGCUUGAGGUACUUGUAGACGUCCAGGUUCUGGAACUUGUGGUACUGCUUUCAGUUGUUGUGCCCGAGGUCGUGCUCGAAGUGAAUGUCGUAGAGGUUGCAGUUGUGCUCGUUGUACUUGUCGAUGUACCUGACGUACUGCUGGACGUCAGGGUUCUUGAGCUUGUGGUGCUGCUCUGUGUUAAUGUGUCUGACGUCGUGCUGGAAACGGAGAUGGUGGAGCUCGUCGUGGAACUUGUCGUGAUGGUGGAUGUGUCUGAGGUACUUGUGGACGUCGAGGUUGCGGAAUUUGUGCUGCUGCUUGUGGUUGCUGUUGCUGAUGUCGUGCUGGACAGGGAUGUUGUUGAGGUUGCAGUUGAGCUCGUCGUGAUGGUGGCUGUCUCUGAAGUACUGGUGGAUGUCGAGGUUCUGGAAAUUGUAGUGCUGCUUUCGGUUGUUGUCACUGAUGUCGUGCUAGAAACUGAGCUUGUGGAGGUUGCUGUACUACUCGAUGUCAUGGUAGAUGUGCCUGAGGUACUUGUUAGAGUGCUUGUCGCAGUGCUAGUCGCAGAGCUUGUGAUGGUAAAAGUCGUGCGAGUUGUUGUUAUUGAUGUGGAUCUGGUGGAGGUUGUAACGGUGACUGUUGUGAUGGUGGAUGUGCCUGAGGUACUUGUGGACGUCCAAGUCGCGGAAUUUGUGCUGCUGCUUGUGGUUGCUGUUGCUGAUGUCGUGCUGGACAGGGAUGUUGUUGAGGUUGCGGUUGAGCUUGUCGUGAUGGUGGAUGUUUCUGAAGUACUAGUGGACGUCGAGGUUCUGGAGAUUGUAGUGCUGCUUGCGGUUGUUGUCACUGAUGUCGUCCUGGAAAUAGAGGUUGUGGAGGUCAUACUUGAAGUUGCGGUCGCUGUUGACGUGCUGGAGCUGCUUGUGGAAGUCGAAGUUGUGAAAGUGGAGGUGCUGCUUCUUGUUGUUGUGCGUGACGUCGUACUGGAAAUAGAUGUUGUGGAGGUUCCAGUGGAACUUGUCGUGAUGGUGGAUGUCUCUGUAGUGCUGGUGGACGUCCAAGUUCUGGAACUGGUGGUGCUGCUUUCAGUUGUUGUGCCUGACGUGGUGCUGGAGAUGGAUGUUGAUGAGCUUGCCGUCGUACUUGACGUAGUGGAGGAUGUCCCUGAAGUACUUGUGGACGUCGAGGUUCUGGAGCUUGUUGUUGUACCUGACGUUGCGCUCGAGGUUGCGGUUGAGCUGGUCGUCAUGGUGGAUGUCCCUGAAGCACUGGUGGAUGUCUGGGUUCUGGAAAUUGUAGUGCUGCUUUCGGUUGUUGUGACUGACGUCGUGCUCGACAUGGAUGUUGUAGAGGUUGCAGUUGAACUUGUCGUGAUGGUGGAUGUCUCUGAGGUACUGGUAGACGUCCGCGUUCUGGAACUUGUGGUGCUGCUUUCGGUUGUUGUCACUGAUGUCGUGCUAGAAACUGAGCUUGUGGAGGUUGCUGUACUACUCGAUGUCAUGGUAGAUGUGCCUGAGGUACUUGUUAAAGUGCUUGUCGCAGUGCUAGUCGCAGAGCUUGUGAUGGUAAAAGUCGUGCGAGUUGUUGUUAUUGAUGUGGAUCUGGUGGAGGUUGUAACGGUGACUGUUGUGAUGGUGGAUGUGCCUGAGGUACUUGUGAACGUCCAAGUUGUGGAACUUGUGCUGCUGCUUGUGGUUGCUGUUGCUGAUGUCGUGCUGGACAGGGAUGUUGUUGAGGUUGCGGUUGAGCUUGUCGUGAUGGUGGAUGUUUCUGAAGUACUAGUGGACGUCGAGGUUCUGGAGAUUGUAGUGCUGCUUGCGGUUGUUGUCACUGAUGUCGUCCUGGAAAUAGAGGUUGUGGAGGUCAUACUUGAAGUUGCGGUCGCUGUUGACGUGCUGGAGCUGCUUGUGGAAGUCGAAGAUGUCAAAGUAGAGGUGCUGCUUCUUGUUGUUGUGCGUGACGUCGUACUGGAAAUAGAUGUUGUGGAGGUUCCAGUGGAACUUGUCGUGAUGGUGGAUGUCUCUGUAGUGCUGGUGGACGUCCAAGUUCUGGAACUUGUGGUGCUGCUUUCAGUUGUUGUGCCUGACGUGGUGCUGGAGAUAGAUGUUGAUGAGCUUGCCGUCGUACUUGACGUAGUGGAGGAUGUUCCUGAAGUACUUGUGGACGUCGAGGUUCUGGAGCUUGUUGUUGUACCUGACGUUGUGCUCGAGGUUGCGGUUGAGCUUGUCGUGAUGGUGGAUGUCCCUGAAGUACUUGUGGACGUCGAGGUUCUGGAAGUUGUAAAUGUCACUGAUGUCGUGCUGGAAAUAGAGGUUGUGGAGGUCAUAGUUGAAGUUGCUGUCGCUGUUGACGUGCUGGAGCUGCUUGUGGAAGUCGAAGUUGUAAAAGUAAAGGUGCUGCUUCUUGUUGUUGUGCGUGACGUCGUACUGGAAAUAGAUGUUGUGGAGGUUCCAGUGGAACUUGUCGUGAUGGUGGAUGUCUCUGUAGUGCUGGUGGACGUCCAAGUUCUGGAACUUGUGGUGCUGCUUUCAGUUGUUGUGCCUGACGUGGUGCUGGAGAUAGAUGUUGAUGAGCUUGCCGUCGUACUUGACGUAGUGGAGGAUGUUCCUGAAGUACUUGUGGACGUCGAGGUUCUGGAGCUUGUUGUUGUACCUGACGUUGUGCUCGAGGUUGCGGUUGAGCUUGUCGUGAUGGUGGAUGUCCCUGAAGUACUUGUGGACGUCGAGGUUCUGGAAGUUGUAAAUGUCACUGAUGUCGUGCUGGAAAUAGAGGUUGUGGAGGUCAUAGUUGAAGUUGCUGUCGCUGUUGACGUGCUGGAGCUGCUUGUGGAAGUCGAAGUUGUAAAAGUAAAGGUGCUGCUUCUUGUUGUUGUGCGUGACGUCGUACUGGAAAUAGAUGUUGUGGAGGUUCCAGUGGAACUUGUCGUGAUGGUGGAUGUCUCUGUAGUGCUGGUGGACGUCCAAGUUCUGGAACUUGUGGUGCUGCUUUCAGUUGUUGUGCCUGACGUGGUGCUGGAGAUAGAUGUUGAUGAGCUUGCCGUCGUACUUGACGUAGUGGAGGAUGUCCCUGAAGUACUUGUGGACGUCGAGGUUCUGGAGCUUGUUGUAGUACCUGACGUUGUGCUCGAGGUUGCGGUUGAGCUGGUCGUGAUGGUGGAUGUCCCUGAAGUACUUGUGGACGUCGAGGUUCUGGAAAUUGUAGUGCUGCUUUCGGUUGUCGUCACUGAUGUCGUGCUGGAAACUGAGCUUGUGGAGGUUUCUGUAGUACUCGAUGUUAUGGUAGAUGUGCCUGAGGUACUUGUUAAAGUGCCUGAGGUACUUGUGGAUGUGGUCGCUGUUGCUGAUGUCGUGCUGGACAGGGAUGUGGUUGAGGUUGCGCUUGAGCUUGUCGUCAUGGAGGAAGUCCUGCUGGUGGUAGAAAUGCUUGUUGAGAUGCUACUAGUGAUAGUGGCACUUGUGGAUGUGAUGGAACUUGUGGCGCUGACAGUAGUUGUGGCAGUCCGUGAGGUGGUGGUGACUGUGGUGGUAGACACCGUCUUGCUGGUGCUGGUUGUUGCGGUUUGCGUGGUCAUCGUGCUGGUUGUCUGGCUGCUGGUGCUAGACGUAUGCGUAAGCGUUGUCGCCGUACCUGUUGUUGAGGUUGAGGAUGUUGUGCUGGACGUGGACGUUGUCAUGCUGGUGGCGGUCUUGGUUGUGGUUGUGCUUGCGGUGGCCGUGCUGCUUGUCGUCGACUCUGUUGUGGCUGUUGAUGUAGCCGUGGCUGUAGACGUCGAUGUGCUAGAGCUGGUCGUCAUGCUGGUGGCAGUAUGGGUUUGCGAGCUGCUUGUCAGGCUCGAGGACGUGGACGUCGCAGUUGAUGCAGUAGAGGAAGAGGUGCUGGAGGAUGAUGUGCUCGAGGUCAUACUGACAGUCGUCCCAGUUACGGAUGUUGACGUGGCCGAUAAGGAGGUUGUUGUCGAGGUAGUUGAACCUUGA